GGCGCUCCGAGAGAGACACUCUCACUAUGCUGGAGUGGAGAGAGUCUCAAGCAGCCAUGGGAGUAGUUCACGUAAGCAACUUUCAAGAGUUGCCACAUUGAACAAAAGACUUUUUCUUUUGUUCCCAUCUCCUUCACUCAGGGGAACCGUGCCUGCUUUUGAUCGUGUCAAUUUACGCAGGAUGUUAUUACUGACGAGACUCGGAAAACCGGGUGUGGAGAGCAUAAAGUGUCUCUGAUGAGAACCAUCUCCUUCUAUCCGCCACACAAAGGGAACCACGGAACAAGUUCUUUUCGCCCCCCCACGCACACACGCCAUCGUUUUCUCUUUUGGAUGUCAUAGUGGGGGGGUUCUUUGAAAGACAUCAUGGAUCACUUUGCAGCGGAGUGCCUUGUCUCCAUGUCCAGCCGCGCGGUCGUCCACGCUCCGAGGGGCAACAACCGGGAGAUGAAGCCGGAUAACCCGUCGCUUUCACCCCGCGGGAACCCGGAGGACGCCAAAGAAGCCGUGGUGAAGGACAACUCCUCCCUGUACGUGGUGGCCAGGAUCCUGGCGGAUUUUAACCAGCAGACUCCCAACGGCGAGCAAGCGAGGAGCCAGGCCGGCCUGACGGAGGAUGCGAACUGUGCCACACCUACCAUCACCAUCUCGGAUCAAUCUCUCAAACAAAGGGGCAAAAGAUCGAGGGGUCGCAACGAGCCGGAAUCCCCGCAGAAAAAGCACAAAUGCCACUAUUCGGGGUGCGAAAAAGUUUACGGCAAAUCGUCGCACCUCAAGGCGCACUUGAGGACGCACACAGGAGAGCGUCCGUUCCCUUGCACCUGGCCCGACUGCAGUAAGAAGUUCGCCCGCUCCGACGAGCUGGCCCGCCACUACCGUACCCACACGGGCGAAAAGAAGUUCGGCUGUCCUCUCUGCGACAAACGCUUCAUGCGAAGCGACCACCUGAUGAAGCAUGCUCGACGCCACUCGGAUUUCCAGCCCGGCAUGCUCAAGAGGCCCCACGCGGCGGUCGGGGUCAGCGGGCCGGUCCAUGCGGCGCGUCCCGGCUCCCUCAGCGACUACAGCCGCUCAGAUGCUUCUAGCCCCACCCUCAGCCCCGCCCUCAGCCCCGCCCUAAGCCCUGCCAACUCGCCUUAAACUGAACAUCGCACUUUGGGAAAGGCGUGUGUUCUCGUCAUGAUAACACUUGUGUUGUUGCACACGUCAGCGGCUACCCCCUUCUUUGCUAAAUCCUACGCUUGCUGUGGUGUACCAUACUGUACAGAACUGCUUAUUGUAGUGCAAUGACUUGCGUGAUCCUAUAAGAAGGUAAAGCCUUUCCCAGAUGGUAAUAUUUACAUUCUCGACCAUAUGUUUCGACUUUUCUUCUGAGCGCGCUUGGUCUCUGUACAACAAUCAAACACGAAGAAAGACAACAAACGCCCUGAUGAGUCUUAUCAAAAAAUGUUUGUCUUUCAUUGUUUUUUGUUUUUUUUUUUGCUUUCUGUAAAACGGGUGAUGAGAAAGGGUACACACACACACACACAUGCUCUAAAUAACACACCUCAGGCUUGAAGACAGUUUCUUUAACACCAGGAUACUUGGCACCAACUGCACAAUAUACUCAUCACUUUACUCUGAAGUUCAACCACAGGUUGAAUUUUUUGCCCUUCUCAGGGAUGGCCUUGUUAGCUUGAACGAGGGGAGAGAAACAGUCAGUCCUCACAUAUACAUACACAGUAUGUCAUAUAUCAGCCUUACACUCAACACACUAUUGCACUCUUUCUUUUACAACAUCACUUCCUUGAAUUUACUCAUUGUCUGCCGCCGAUUAGACGUCCAAUUCAUUUGAACCGCUGCCAGCCUCUUUCAGUUCAAAAUACACAUAAUUUCAAAGCUAUCAGCAUCCACAGAAUUGGGUUGUAAAGAUACUUUUGAAAGCAGCUGUUUAAAUAAAAAUGGACACAAAUAAGCUACAAUGUGGACCACACUGGAAUAGCUGAGGCCCAGGGAUAAUUUUAAAACCGCAAACAUUGUAGAAAAUAAACAUCAGGAACACUAAUAUGUCACUCGUCUGGCUCUACCUGUCCUGUCGAGACAUCAAGUCUCAUCUGAAUGCUUUUUGUCGCUGUCAUUUUUAAGAGAGCUGGGGGGUAAACUGAGUGCAAAGUGUUGGUAGAGCUAUCUGUGACGUUCAGACGGGAGAAGGCGCAUCCUGAUAAAACAAGACAGGUUUAUCAGAAUUUGAGAUGAGGACACCCUCGUUUCCUGCUUACGCAAGCCAGCUCCCCAACCCGGGGUGGGGGGUGGGGGGUGGGGGUUUAGUACUACCUAGAAAAAGUUAACACUUAAGACCUUUAACCCUUUUUAUAGAGCGAGUGAAUAUUUUUGAUCAUGAGAAAAAACAAUUAGAACACUUAAGACCUUUCAUCCUAUAUAGGGCAUGUGACUAUUUUUGUCAUUAUUUUUUUCGUUGUCAUAUUAGCACUUAUUAAUAUGAUUUAAAAAAAAAAAAAAAAAAGAUUAUUAAACAGUAUUGUAUUUUUAAUAUAGUUUUCUAUGAUUAUAAAUACAUUUAAAAACAAAAAUACAUUUCAUUAAAAAAAAAAAACGAAAUAAACACUGUUUACUGCCCCAACUAACACUCUAAAAUUGAUUUUUGAUCUCAUUGGAUGCUAAUGAUGGCAAUCGACGUCCAAUUCAUUGAAACCAGAAUGACUGGCUGCGAAUGCUUGCGUUUGAGUGCCAUUAAUGGCGCUAGACCCAUUUUGACCCCUUCCAGUCAAUAUGGAUUGGACGUCUAGUGAUGUCAGUUGCAGCCAGUGAGUUAACAGUGCCCUGUAAGGGUAAAUAAAAUAAAAUAAAAUAAAAUCAUAAAUCGUGUGUGAAAUUGUUACAGGGACAGACAACACUUAGUAUAAAAUACCUUUAAGUGAAAUGCUAUUUCUCAAACUAUUUUAGUUUUCAAUGCAAAAAAAUGACCACAAUUUUUGGCGCAGGCAUUUUGUGAUGUCAGUUACUAUUCACCAGUGUUGUUAAUCUAACUUUUAAAAAAGUAAUUAAAUACAGUUAAGAAUUACUUCUCCCAAAAGGUAAUUGAGUUAGUAACUCAGUUACCUGAAUGUAAGAGUGACUAGGUACUUGGCAAAGUAAAUGGUUUUACUUUUAAUGUUUUUUUUUUUUUUUUUUCCCAUUAAAAAAAAAAAAAAAAACAUAGGUCACACUAUGUGAAGCUCAAAGGGUUUUUGGGACAGUCAACCUAGCCCAAUUCUUUACCCUAAACUUAAUUAGACACAGGGGUAUUGUGGAUAUUGCGAUAACUAGACAGUAACCUUUGCUAUGUUUGGAUGUAAUUUAAUGUUGUGAAUCAACCGUUAAAGUUGUUAAAAUUGAUCUCGUUAUUGCAUUAGUUCCCUUCUGUCUACUUUCGACAUGUGAAAGUUUUAAAACUGUUUCAUCAUUUAAAGAUAGAUUCAAGUCAAGAUUUUGCCGAUUGAGUAUUUUAGAAAAAAAGUUACUUAGGUUCACUAGGAAGGUUCUCUACAACAGAGCCUUUCUAAGAAGUCUACUGCUUCAAGAUGGCGGCUGUUUAUCAACGCCGGCAAGUCUGCCAUUCGCAUCUAGUUCAUAUAAAUGUGAUAUCUAGCGUAGCAUCAUGUGGGCGUAGUUUGUAGGCUGUUGGUUACUGUCAGGCAUUAUUGGCGCCACCUAGCCUAGCAUCGCGUGUGCAACGGUGUCACAACUAUCUCUUUCACACUCCUGCUCUUCUCUCUCCGUGUCUCGACUUUUCUCGAAUCAUUCAACCAAUGUAGUAACGCAAAGUAACACAGUAACGGUAACAGCGUUGCAAAGAUGAGAAAAGUAAUUAAGUAGAUUACUCACUACUGAAAAAAAUAACGUCGUUAGUAACGCCGUAAUACUCUAACGCCGUUAUUAACAACACUGCUACUCACGCACAUACACAAUAGAGGUGUGCGAAAUUUCCGAUUCUUAGCUUAUUCGCGAUUCGGCCAUGGAAGAUUCAAGAACGAUUCACAAACAUCCAAAUUCAGAUUAUUGAAAUAUUCCAAGUAAAGCGGAACUAAAACACAGUCAGCGUGGUCUUCGGGACGCAAUGAGGAACGGACUGAGAGUAAACAUCAUGACACGGUAGAUAUCACAUGUAUAAAGAACUAGAUGCGAAAUGACAGAUUCGCCGGUGUUAGUAACCAGCCGCCAUCUUAAAGCAGUAGACUUCUCUGGAAGUAGCAAACCUUCCGAGCUAACCUAAUUAACUUUUUAUCUAAAAUCGGCAAAAUCUUGAAUCUUUCUUUAAAUGAUGAAACUGUUUUUAAACUUUCACAUGUUGAAAGUAGACAGAUGGGAAAUUAUGGAAUAACUGGAGCAGUUUUAACUUUAAUGGUUGAUUCACAACAAUUAAUUAAAUGUAGUUUAAAGCUGCUGAUACAGAAUGGGGACUUGAGUAUUUUAUUUACUGUUUUGAAAUGUUAAGUUGAUACUGAAAUAGUAGUUUAUUUAAGCCUGAGAGGAUUUUUGUACAAAUUUGGAACUAAUGUACGAAACAUUGAAAGCAGCUAAUAGCUUGGGGCGGGGCCAUCAAUAAUCGAUUAUCGAAUUGUACCCUCUGAAUCAUUAUCGAAUUGUUAGGUGCCCCAAGAUUCCCUACUCUUAAUUUCAGAUGAAUGUAAUUUAACCAUGACUUUUAAAUACGUUUCCAAUUGUUUAAUGUUUCAGUACUUUUGGUCAAAUUUGUGAAACAUUGACCAACUGAACAUCAAAUUCACUAGAGAGGUUAAAAUAGGUUUUAGAGUUGAUCCCAAAAUUUCAGGCUGAUUUACAGUAGUAUGCUAGUCUUAAAAUCUUAAAACAUCCCAUUAACUUAAUUCUCAGGCAAACUGAUUGAAAAUUGAUCGCUGCCAACAGUUCCAAGCUUUAUUAAACAGCUGCUUUCCAACCUCUUUGACCACAAGGAAGUCGUCAUGCAAAAACAAAAGAAAGAACCGUACACCGCUUAUUCCAACCGGUACAGUGUGCUUCAUAGUUGCUUAGAAAUCCAGCCAUCCGCAUCACUUUGAUCCCAUCGCAUCCACCCAGACUGUUGCCAUGGCGAGUGGCGCGUUCUCGCUUCACCCCUCUCCCCCGGCCGGCGCCACGCGCAUGUUAACAACUAUGGCAGGUGUACGUCCAUGAAUGGUGGGCCUUGUCCCCGCCGCCUCCGCCCUGGCAGCCAUUUUUCUUUUCAAAGAAGCAGCUCUGUCACAUCCCCCUCAAGACAAAGCAACCCUUAGAUACAACACAGCCUUGAACAAAACUGAGCUUUUUUAGCGGCAGGAUGCUUUCUUGAUCCAUAAACGGCACAAUUACCUCAGGUUUCAUGAGAUGUUCAUGGGUGUUACGAAUUACUUGUUCUCACUGCUGGUCAGUGCAAUUGAACACCCUCUCUUACGUCUUCACAUUUGGGCACCCCAAGGCUGAAAUAACUCAACCCCUUAAUAGAUGUCGUCGCCAAUCUUUUCAUCCUAUCCAUCCAUACGCUCACUGUACCGAAACUACUUGAACAAUUCCACACAAGGCCAUCGAACACCAUUUUGUACAUUUUUACUGUUUUUAUGACAAAUAAUAUACGUUUUUGGAUGGGUGGAUUUGUCGUUUUCUUUGUAACAUUCGCUUUCAUUGAUUGUGAUAGACGUCAAAUAUCCGACGUCUAGCGCCCUCAAUGGCAGCCCAUGAAAGUUUCCGGCAUCUUCGGGUCAUUGAUGGUUAAAGUUUUGUUGUUAAAAAAACAGCCA